GGAUCCGGAGCCGCGGGUGGCAGCAGCAGAAACGAUGAGGAGGAAGAUUUAGAAAUUGGCCUGAAGGAGGGACCCUCCCUCUGGCGCGGCAUGCGAUGUUAAUUCUGGGGCAUUGAUGUUUUACAAUGCCUGAUCAAGACAAAAAGGUGAAGACCACAGAAAAAUCAACUGAUAAAAAACAACAAGGAAUCACCACCAGGGACUAUUCAGAUCUUAAAAGACUUCGUUGCCUUUUGAACGUCCAGUCAAGCAAACAACAGCUUCCAGCCAUUAACUUCGAUAGUGCCCAAAAUAGCAUGACGAAGACUGAGCACAUCAUCAAGGUGGGUGGACACAGAGCCCGAAGUCAGUGGCAUGAGUCCACAGAAGCUGUUGAACUUGAAAAUUUUAGUAUAAACUACAAGAAUGAGAGAAACUUCAGCAAACAUCCCCAGCAUAAACUAUUUCAGGAGAUCUUUACAGCCUUGGUGAAAAAUAGACUCAUCUGCAGAGAGUGGGUUCAUCGAGCCCCAUCUAUUCACUUUCUGAGAGUGUUAAUCUGUCUGAGACUACUAAUGAGGGAUCCAUGUUAUCAGGAAAUACUCCAUAGCUUGGGUGGAAUUGAAAACCUAGCUCAGUACAUGGAGAUUGUGGCCAAUGAGUACCUAGGCUAUGGAGAGGAGCCGCACAGUGUGGACAAGCUGGUCAACAUGACGUAUAUUUUUCAAAAACUUGCUGCUGUCAAAGACCAAAGAGAAUGGGUCACCACAAGCGGAGCACAUAAGACAUUAGUAAAUUUACUUGGUGCCCGAGAUACUAAUGUUUUGUUGGGUGCCCUUCUGGCUCUGGCUAGUUUAGCUGAAAGUCCAGAAUGUAGGGAGAAGAUAAGUGAACUCAACAUUGUAGAAAAUCUGCUGAUGAUUUUGCAUGAAUAUGACUUGCUUUCCAAAAGAUUAACUGCGGAGUUACUGCGCCUGCUUUGUGCCGAACCCCAGGUGAAAGAGCAGGUGAAGCUCUAUGAAGGGAUACCCGUCCUCCUUAGUCUGCUCCACUCUGACCACCUGAAGCUGCUCUGGAGUGUUGUCUGGAUUCUGGUUCAGGUUUGUGAGGACCCUGAGACCAGUGUGGAAAUUCGCAUUUGGGGAGGCAUCAAGCAGCUUCUUCAUAUUUUACGAGGAGACAGAAAUUUUGUUUCCGAUCGUUCUUCCAUUGGCAGCCUGUCUAGUGCAAAUGCAGCAGGCAGAAUCCAGCAGCUUCAUUUGUCAGAAAAUUUAAGCCCUCGGGAAAUACAAGAAAAUAUUUUUUCUCUUCAAGCAGCCUGCUGUGCCGCCCUCACCGAGCUGGUGCUCAACGACACCAACGCCCACCAGGUGGUCCAGGAAAAUGGUGUAUAUACAAUAGCAAAAUUAAUUUUACCAAACAAACAAAAGAAUGCAGCAAAAACGAAUCUAUUACAGUGUUAUGCGUUCAGAGCCUUGAGGUUUCUCUUCAGUAUGGAAAGAAACAGACCACUCUUUAAAAGACUUUUCCCCACCGACUUGUUUGAGAUCUUCAUCGAUAUAGGACAUUAUGUUCGUGAUAUCAGUGCUUAUGAAGAAUUGGUAUCAAAGUUGAAUUUGUUAGUGGAGGAUGAACUGAAGCAAAUUGCUGAAAAUCUUGAAAGCAUUAAUCAGAAUAAAGCUCCUUCGAAAUACAUAGGCAACUAUGCGAUUUUGGAUCAUCUUGGAAGUGGAGCUUUUGGCUGUGUCUACAAGGUUAGAAAGCGUAGUGGUCAAAAUCUUUUAGCAAUGAAAGAGGUCAAUUUACACAACCCAGCAUUUGGAAAGGAUAAAAAAGAUCGAGACAGCAGUGUAAAGAAUAUUGUUUCUGAAUUAACCAUAAUUAAAGAGCAGCUCUAUCAUCCCAAUGUUGUGCGCUAUUACAAAACAUUUCUGGAAAAUGAUAGGUUGUAUAUAGUUAUGGAGCUUAUAGAAGGGGUCCCUCUUGGAGAACAUUUCAGUUCUUUAAAGGAAAAACAGCAUCAUUUUGUUGAAGAAAGACUAUGGAAAAUAUUUAUACAGCUGUGCUUAGCUCUCCGGUACUUACACAAGGAGAAGAGGAUUGUGCAUAGAGAUCUGACACCAAACAACAUUAUGUUGGGGGAUAAGGACAAAGUAACAGUUACUGACUUUGGGCUGGCAAAGCAAAAACAAGAAAACAGUAAACUCACUUCUGUUGUUGGAACAAUCCUGUAUUCCUGCCCUGAGGUACUGAAGAGUGAGCCGUAUGGGGAGAAGGCUGAUGUCUGGGCGGCCGGCUGCAUCCUUUAUCAGAUGGCAACUCUGAAUCCUCCCUUCUAUAGCACCAACAUGCUCUCCCUGGCUACAAAAAUAGUGGAGGCGGUUUAUGAACCAGUGCCAGAAGGCAUCUACUCUGAGAAAGUGACAGAUACCAUCAGCAGGUGCCUCACUCCUGAUGCAGAAGCCCGCCCAGAUAUCAUAGAAGUCAGCUCGAUGAUAUCAGACGUCAUGAUGAAGUAUUUAGAUAACUUGUCUACAUCUCAGCUGGCUUUGGAGAAGAAGCUGGAACGGGAACGGAAGCGCACACAGAGGUACUUUAUGGAAGCCAACCGGAAUGCUGUCACAUGUCACCAUGAGCUGGCUCUGUUAUGUCAUGAGACCUUUGAGAAGGCAAGCCUGAGUAGUAACAGCAGUGGGGCCGCCAGCCUGAAAAGCGACCUUUCAGAAAGCGCAGACCUGCCCCCCGAGGGCUUCCAGGCCCCCUGCGGUAAGGAUGAAGACGGGGCCUGUGAUGACAUCCUGUCAGAGGAGAACUUAAACUCGGAGAAUAUUGAGAAAGAUAUGUACUCAGAGCUAGAUGAUGAACUGGACAUUUCGGACAACUCCAGCAGCUCCAGUUCGAGCCCUUUAAAAGAAUCUACAUUCAGCAUUUUAAAGAGAAGUUUUAGUGCCUCAGGAAGAGAAAGACAAUCCCAAACAAGGGACUUCAGUGGUGGAAUAGGAUCCAGACCAAGACCAGCUUUGCUGCCUCUUGACCUGCUUCUGAAAGUACCACCCCUCAUGCUCAGGGCCCACGUUAAGGAGCUAGAGGCCGAGUUAGUGACGGGGUGGCAGUCCCAUAGCCUUCCCGCUGUGAUUCUUCGCAAUCUCAAAGAUCAUGGGCCACAGAUGAGCACAUUCUUGUGGCAAGCAUCUGCAGGGAUUGCUGUGUCCCAGAGGAAAGUACGACAGAUCAGUGAUCCUAUUCAGCAGAUCUUAAUUCAGCUGCACAAAAUCAUCUACAUCACACAGCUUCCUCCAGCUUUGCACCACAAUUUGAAAAGAAGGGUUAUAGAGAGAUUCAAGAAAUCCCUCUUCAGCCAGCAGAGUAACCCUUGCAAUUUGAAAUCUGAAAUUAAAAAGUUAUCUCAGGGAUCUCCAGAACCGAUUGAGCCCAACUUUUUCACAGCAGAUUACCAUUCAUUACGUCAUUUAUCAGCUGGAAACAGCCUGUCCCCAGAUGACCCGACAGGUUUACAUACCAGCUCUGAUUUGGAGGAGGGAAUAACAUAUGAGCAGAUGCAGACUGUGAUUGAAGAAGUCCUAGAGGAAAGUGGUUAUUACAACUUUACAUCUAACAGAUAUCACUCCUAUCCAUGGGGGACCAAGAAUCACCCAACCAAAAGAUGAAAACCCUUCAUUUUGAACAGACUUUGUUUUCCUAGUGAAGUUCAAGUUCUGGACUUCAGCUCCACCAAAUGCCCAAGGAUUGGGAGCUGCUGGAAGGGUGUG